AUGUUUCAGGAACGGAACAGAGACAUGUUACAUCCCAGCAAUGGCAAUGAAUACUUCUUCGACAGGGAUGGUCGCGCCUUCUAUUACAUCAUGGAAUACUAUCGCAAAGGUACAGUUCCCUACUAUGAUGAUUGCGGUCAGAGUAUGCACCACUGUAACUUGGUGCCUCGCACGCAACUUGAGGGUGAACUCGAUUUCUUCCAAAUACCUAAACCACCCGUCAUCGAGGCACCAUCGAUCACAGUGACUGAAGAAUACGCCGCGCAGUUACUAAAUAAUUUUAUAGACAUGCUGAAGAAGGUACUUCGCGAAGCACAUUCCCAACUAUAUUCUCGAGUCUCCAUGACGUUUGUUUCGAAAUCUUUUGAAGAUUUCGCUAUCGCUCCUGGAAUCGAGUCUGCUAUCCGAUUAGCUACUCCGUAUGCAUUCUCUGGGUAUAGGAUUUUAAGGAAUUUUCCCGAACUGUCUGAACAUUUGAAGGAGGAUAGUUCGAUAUCAGAUUGUUACAUCCAAAAAGGUUUCAGGAGGGUUAAUAGUAGUCUAGAGGUACUUGACCGCUUGACAUUGACGAUUAUCUCACCUCUCAAUUUGGAAAUGGAAGUAAUCAAAGAAAUGUCGUAUCUUGGUCGUUCCGUGGAAGGCGGAAAUUAG